CCACAAAGAGUUGUUGUGUAGUUUCGUCUCCUCCGCGACGCCUUCCGCCACCAUCAUCCGCCGGUCGCUGUCCGAUCAUCUUCUCCGUCCGCCACCAUCAACCGCCGGUCGUCUACCCAUCUUCCGUCACCGUCCACUUGAAAUCUCAGUAUUAGAAGACAACAAAGUUCUUGGCAUCCUCCAAGCAAAACAAGAAAAAUCGUCGUGGUGGUGACGAGAAUGCCCCUGCUAGCGCCACGCACACCGGUGGUCUGUUGUCUUUUCGCGAGUCUCAAGCACGCCUUGGUAAAAGUAGACAAGCUUCUGACUUGUACUCUUCGUACACACACACACAUACAAAGAAACAUGAUGGGAAGACCUACGUCAAUAUGAAGACAUAAAAAGUAUCAGUAAGUGACAAUGAAUAUAUAUUGUAUAUAUAAAUGCAAAACUACGUAGUCACGCAGGAGGCAGUUCGAGAAUAAUGCUUAAAUGUGACACGUGACCAGAUUUUUAUAUCUACAGAAUUGCACGUGGGACCUGCUCGAGAAGCUUGCGCAGAUGCGCGAAUUGAGGAAACGUUUCUUGCAGGUUUGGAGCAAUUCCCAAUUUGUACGUGUAGGAAUUGCACGUGGGACCUUCCGGAGAAGCUUGCGCAGAUGCGCGAACCGAGGGAACGUUUCUUGCAGCACGAACUGCGGCCUCAGUGGCCUCACCAUUUGCGUCGAAGGCGGCGAAGCUUCGCCGAGUGGGGGAAUCGUCGCAGCCACCGUUGGCGACGGAGCAAUUAGUCUGGCGUCAUAUAGUAGAGAACAAUAUGCAGACAUGGUAUUUGAUGGUGUCGGCCCGUCUCGGUUUAACUCUAUUGUUGAGGAAGAGCCAAAUCCGAGCGAUAAGAAAUUUAUUGAAAUGUUGAAAGCCGCUGAUACCGAUCUGUGGAAAGGAUAUGACAAUGGUAAUGAUGAUUCCCAGUCCUCAUGGAUUCCUACUUUAGAACGCCUCCGCCGAAACCUAUUUGGUGAUUGGCGGAUCUCUGGGGUGGGCUCCUCAAGGGCGGACUCCUCUGACGCGGGUUCCUCUCGGGUUCCUAUUUUGUCGCCCUCUUUGUCAUUGGGAGCAUUGAACAGUUCGCGGAGGUCAUCCACUCCACUUACGGAGACAUCAGCUACUACUGGGGCUCGGAUGCUUGAGGAGGAGCAUCGUGAGGAGGAUCAACAUGAGGAAGAGCAUAAUGAGGAGGGGGUUGAUGAGGCCAACCAGCAUGAGGAUGACCAACUCGAGGGCAAUAAAUACGUUUACGUGAAUUUGGAUGACGACAUUGUCAUCACACGAGAUGGUGCUGCGAAAAUCACGCUCGCAUUCUCCCUGAAGACAGACCCGGCAGGAAAGACAUGGAAAGACGUCUCACAUUCUUACCGAGAUUUUUAUUAUUGGGAGUUCAAGAAAAGGGUUAAAUGGAAUCCGACGAUAGAUGAGGAGAAGAUGAAGGAUGUGUUUUUUAGCAGGGCUGCAGGUUUGUACAGUGGAUACAUGUACAAUCAGAGGACGGACGGUUGGCUGAAAAAGAAGAUGGUGGAAGUGGCUACUUUAGAGAGCCUGAAGGAGGGUUGGAGCGGUCCGGAAUUUCAGGAAACGAGCAAGAGAAAGAAGAAGAAUAGGCGCAGGGGUAAAGAGGAUGGUCCUGCGCUUGGGACGUACACUGGAGGGACGAUUCCGUUUUCUGAGAAUUAUAAUCGACUGGCUGCAAAGAAAGGAGCGCCUAUCUCGGUGGAAGAAGUCAUCGUCCAUACAAAGACAAAGAAGCAUGAUGGGCAGACAUGGGUUGAUCCGAUCGAUGCUGAUCUUGGGUAAGUGUCAUUUCAAUGCUUCUUGAAGUUUUUAUUGGUGAUGAAAUUAUUAAAGUUCUUGAAGUUUUUAUUUAGUCUUGUUAUUGAUAAUUGGUGAUGAUUUAGUUCGUAGCUUAUUGGAGAUGCAGAUGUUUUUAUUGAUAUAGUAGCUUAUUGUUCGUGAUGUUGUUAGUAGCUUGUUGGAGAUGUUGUUAGUACUGAUGAUUUUAGUCUCAUUGGUCUAUGAUCUUGUUAUUAUUGUUUUUAUUUAUGUUCUUGUUAUUGUUCUUGAUGUUGCUAGUAUGUAGCUCUUGGGUAAAGUUGUUGAGGAAUAAAUUGUUAUUAUUAUU